GCUAAAAUAGUUCGCUAUCACUGUAACCAAGGCCUUCACUCUCCUCUCGACUCUCUCUUCCAAUUAGAGCGCGAUUUAGAUUUUUAUUUCUUAUUUUUCAUAAUUAUUUGUCGAGUUUUCUUUGAAUUUAUCAUCGACUGAGACAUGGCGGGUUAUUCACCGAGUUUCGGGGUAUCAAAUGUCGUGAACUCCCGAAACGGGGUUGUUUUGGGGAGGGAGAUGAGUCAGAGUGUGGUUAUGGAGAGUGUGAGAUUCAGGAAUGUGGUAAAGGAGGUGGCUUUGCCCGUGUUGUUUUUGAGCAACAAUAGGAGUAGAGAGAGGAACCACCGGCUUGUGGUGACGGCGAAUGCGUCACAGCCACGUGGAGAGUCACGGUCCGAUGUAGCCGCGGUCACAAUUGCGAAAGAGGGAGGCGGUAGUACUAGUGAUAGUGUAGUAGGGAAGGGUAUUGGGGUCUUGGAGGGUGGGUAUGAAGCGAUAGAAGAUAUUGGGGGGAGUGGUGGAAAUGGGAGAUUUACCAAUGGUAGAGGAGGCGGUGGAGGAGGUGGCGGUGGUGAUGACAAUGGGGAUGAUAAAGAAGAAGAGGAGCUUGGGCCAAUUUUGAAGUUUGCGGAGGUUAUGAAGGAGACGGAGGCUCGGGGGGCUAGUCUUCCUAGAGAUAUGUUAGAGGCCGCCAAGAGCGUGGGGAUUCGCAGAGUUCUUCUCCUUAGAUAUUUGGAUUUGCAGGGGUCUGUUUGGCCUCUGGGUUUCGCAAUGAGGUCGUGCGCUAUACUUCGAAAUCGAAUGUUGGCUGAUCCGUCCUUUCUUUUUAAAGUUGGAACAGAGAUCGUCAUUGAUUGUUGUUGUGCUACAUUUGCGGAAGUUCAAAAGAGAGGUGAAGACUUUUGGGCAGAAUUUGAGUUGUAUGUUGCAGAUCUCUUGGUUGGGCUGGUGGUUAACGUUGCUUUGGUUGGUAUGUUGGCACCCUAUGCUCGUAUUGGCGGGCCACCAUCUCUAUCUAAGGGUUUCCUUGGACGAAUGCAGCAUGCUUAUGGAGCUCUUCCUAGCAGUGUGUUUGAAGCUGAAAGGCCAGGAUGUAGAUAUACCAUAAAGCAGAGAAUGGGUACAUACUUUUAUAAGGGUAUCAUGUAUGGAUCAGUUGGAUUUGCAUGUGGCAUCAUUGGCCAAGGCAUUGCAAAUUUGAUCAUGACUGCAAAGCGGAGUAUAAAGAAAUCAGAAGAUGACAUACCUGUGCCACCACUUCUAAAGAGUGCUGCUCUUUGGGGCGUAUUUCUUGCCGUUUCCUCCAACACCCGCUAUCAGAUCAUCAAUGGACUGGAACGCGUGGUAGAAGGAUCAGCCUUUGCAAAGCAGGUUCCACCCAUUGCAUUGGCUUUCACAGUUGGUGUGAGAUUUGCCAACAAUGUAUAUGGUGGGAUGCAAUUUGUCGACUGGGCUAGAUGGAGCGGGGUGCAAUAAGUGUAGGUGUUUCCUCUUUUAUGUUGGAGAUGCCUUUUAAAUGGCAUUUUUUUAUGCCAAGAAAUCAUUUAAUCGAUUGGAUUCUUUAUUGUAAUAUUUUUGAACUCAAAAAAUGCUAGCAGAGGGAUGUUUUGUCGACAUAGCUUUAUAUUAGCCUGAUUGCAAUUUGGUCUCUUAA